AUGGGGGCCUUACUGGAACAGGCGUUCCGCAUCAAGGACGACAUCAUCGCAAGUCUGAACACCACCCAGAGUUCCGUGCAGAUGGAGGCCUUUUCCCGAAGGUUGCUGGAGAACCACAUCCGCACCAUUACUCACAUUGUCAAGCAGCUGAGCCAAAACAUUGAGGUGCUGGAGAGUCAGAUUGUUCGGAGAGACGGCGUUUCCUCAGACACGAGAUUCGCCCUGCAGUUUCUGGACCAAAAGAACCUGGCCGGGAUUGGAGACCUCAGGGGAAGGGUGGCCAGGUGCGACGCCGGCGUCGCCGAGCUCGCCGCGGACCUGAGCGCCUGCGGCAAGGAGAUCCGAGCUCUGCGGCAGGAAGUCUCGACGGCCCGAACCGGCGUGCAGCUGCAGCUGAAGGAGCUGGAGCUGGAGCUGUCCCAGGUGGAGAGGAAGCUAGAUUCCGUGAUGCUGGAGCACAGCAGCAGCCGGAGGAGCGCCUGGGAAGACGUGCAGAGAGACCUCCGGCUUCCGGACGUCAAGACCUCAAGCGGCCUGAAGGAGCUAGGCGACCAGACGGAGCGCCUGAGGCUGCGGACCGAGAGGCAGCUGCACACUCUCCUGCGUGAUGGGAUGAAGGAGAUGGAGAGGAAGGUCCAGGAGCUGCUGGGGCCCCUGCGCGCACGGGCCGAGAGGAUGGAGGAGCAUCUGCGGCGGGAGAACCAGGCCCGGAAGCUGAGGUCCUCUGCAGAUACGCUCAGCACCAGGGUGAACGCCUUGGAGAAGAGCCUCCGGAAGGAGAUGGAGCUCAUCAAGGAUGAGUACCGCACAGGGUUUCGGUCAGUCCACGAUGCCAUUAGUUCCUUGACCCACAUCACUGACACCAAGACCCUCCUGGACAAAGGGAAGCUGCAGAAGGACAUCAAGUGA